GUUUCCAGUCGUGCCGGUUUUGGAGGGAUGUGCUUGGAGAACCUGGCAACCCUGCCCCGGACCGUUGCGGGGAGGAUGAGCAACGGCUAAUGGCUGACUGGGAGUUUUGGAUUAGCUAACGUUCUGCCACUUGUUCAGAUGUGGGCAUAUCUGUUGUUGAACUGUUCCUGAAGCUGCACCUCAGCCGGUGGACACCAGGAGCCUUACAGUGACGGUCGGGCGCUGCUCAACAUGUCCAAGAGCAAGAGCUCCGAGUCAGUCAAAGUGGUGGUCCGCUGUCGGCCCAUGAAUGAGAAGGAGCGGGCUGCAAAGUUUGAGAGGGUGGUCUCCGUUGACGUCAAACUGGGCCAAAUUAUUGUUAGGAACCCGAGGGACGCUUCAGCCAGUGAAGUCCCCAAAGUCUUCACGUUUGAUUCAGUCUAUGACUGGAACUCCAAACAAAUAGAUCUCUAUGAUGAAACCUUCAGGCCUCUGGUUGAUUCUGUUCUCUUUGGCUUCAACGGGACUAUUUUCGCUUAUGGCCAGACGGGAACAGGGAAAACGUACACUAUGGAGGGAGUGAGGAAUGAUCCGGAGAGGAGAGGGGUGAUUCCCAACUCCUUUGAGCACAUUUUCACACACAUUUCACGGUCUCAGAACCAGCAGUACCUGGUCAGAGCAUCCUAUCUAGAAAUUUACCAGGAAGAAAUCAGAGACUUGCUCUCCAAGGAUCAGGCGCGUCGUCUGGAGCUCAGGGAGAGGCCUGACACUGGUGUUUAUGUCAAAGACCUUUCAUCAUUCGUCACCAAGAGUGUGCGGGAGAUCGAGCAUGUCAUGAACGUGGGCAACCAGAAUCGCUCCGUGGGUGCCACCAACAUGAAUGAACACAGCUCACGUUCCCACGCCAUCUUUGUCAUCACGGUGGAGUGCAGCGAGGUGGGUGUGGACGGGGAGAACCAUAUAAGAGUUGGCAAACUGAACCUGGUAGAUUUAGCUGGCAGCGAAAGACAAACCAAGACUGGUGCUCAAGGGGAGAGGCUGAAGGAAGCCACAAAGAUCAAUCUUUCGCUUUCUGCUCUGGGUAAUGUCAUAUCAGCCCUGGUGGACGGCAGGAGCAGCCACAUCCCGUACCGAGACUCAAAACUCACCCGUCUGCUGCAGGACUCUCUGGGGGGCAACGCUCGCACCGUCAUGGUCGCCAACAUCGGCCCGGCAUCCUACAACGUGGAGGAGACCCUGACAACGCUGCGCUACUCCAACAGGGCCAAAAACAUCAAGAACAAACCAAGGGUCAACGAGGACCCCAAGGAUGCUCUGCUCAGGGAGUUCCAGGAGGAGAUCGCGAGGCUGAAGGAGCAGUUGCAGAAGCGCUCGGGAAAGAAGAAACGGAGGAGGCAGAAGAGAAGGGCUGGAGAAGGGAGCGAUGGCGAGGAUCUGGAAGAUGGAGAGACGGAAGACGACGAGGAAGACGGAGACGACAAAGGGGAUUACUGGAGGGAGCAGCAGGAGAAGCUGGAGAGAGAGAGGAAGGCCAUCAUGGAGGAUCACAGUCUGGUGGCUGAGGAGAAAACUCGACUGCUGAAGGAGAAGGAGAAGAAAAUGGAGGACUUGAGGAAAGAGCGGGAGGCCGGAGAGAUGCUUGCAGCCAAAGUUAAGGCGAUGGAGAGUAAACUCCUGGUAGGCGGGAAGAACAUUGUGGAUCACACCAAUGAGCAGCAGAGAAUGCUGGAACAGAAGAGGCAGGAAAUCACAGAACAGAAACGACGGGAGCGAGAGAUGCAGCAGCAGAUGGAGAGUCGCGACGAAGAGACUCUGGAGCUGAAGGAGACGUACAGUUCUCUGCAGCAGGAGGUCGACAUCAAAAGCAAGAAGCUGAAGAAGCUGUUUGCCAAGCUGCAGGCGGUGAAGGAAGAAAUCCAUGACCUCCAGGAGGCUCACAUAAACGACCGGCAGGACCUGGAACAAACCCAGAACGAGCUCACCAGGGACCUCAAACUGAAGCAUCUGAUCAUUGAAAACUUCAUUCCCUUAGAGGAAAAGAACAAAAUAGUCAACAGGGCUUUCAUCGAUGAGGAGGACGAGUACUGGAAAAUGAAGCCAAUCACACGCAUAGAGGACGACCAUCAGAUGAUGACCAGGCCUCUGUCUGCGGUCGGCUACAGGAGGCCUCUCAGUCAACACGCACGCAGGGCCAUGAUGCUAAGGCCUGACGUGAGAUACAAAGCUGAAAACAUCCUGAUGCUGGACAUGGACCUGCCUGCUCGGACCACCAAAGAGUACCAGGAGCCAGUUAUCGCCCCAAAGGUGGCGGCAGCUCUGGAGGACGCUCUGAGGGACGAGGACGAGAUCCAGGUAGACGCCUCCGGCUUUCACAGCGGCUCUGGAUCUUCACCGUACGCCAGCGCCAGCAGUAGCCUCAAGAAACCAAAGUCUGGUCGACCCAGAACUGGCAAGAAGUCGAGUACCCCGACGUCUCCGUUCAGCCCCUCCAGUCCAGGAUCCCCUCUUUACCCACAAUCCCGCGGCCUGGUGCCCAAGUAACAGGUCCUACCACUACUAGCUAAUCACUACCACCUCUUGUGCACCUUUUCCACUUACGGGACCCGACUUCAGAGAGGAUGGGUUUGGUUUUUAAGAGAACUUUUAAGACUUAAUGCUGCUUUGUUAGGUUUGGAACUGUAACCGCACCACUGUUAACUGUACAUCAGCAGCCACGCAUGAAGCCUCACGUCACUGCUAAAACCUCCCAUCGCAUUCGGCCAAAUGUCAGUAAUGUCUUAGAUACACGUCACGAUGUUCUUAAUGUACAGAGACACAGUGGAGGUGGCUUUGGACUGCAGUAUCCUCAAUGCACUACUACUUCGUAUCUUCCCAGAUGGGUGUGUUGGGUGUCUUCUCUCUUACUGUGGACAUGUGAUAUGAUGGAGUGGGGUAAAGACACAUGGACUAGACAUCUCUGCUGCAGUUGUCACUAACAGACUGUGUGAUUGUGUGUGUGUGUGUGUGUGUGGAUGUGUUGUGUGUGUGUGUGUGUGUCGCGGCAUCACUGCCUGAAUAUAGGAUUUUAGUGUCAAAAUGCGCUGUUUUUUGGUCGGUGUUCUGAUGUCGUUAGAUUGCAGCUUUACGUUUGUGGCUGCGUGUUGGCUUCUGUCUUAAAGGAAUAGUUCCACAUUUUGGGAAAUACACUUAUUAACUGCGUGGCAGAAAGUAAAAUUCUAGCCAUGAGGGCAUCUCAAAUAAUUAGAAUAUCACGGAAACGUCUUCAGAAUUGAAUUCAAAAAGGUAAACUGCCGUACAUUUAUGCUAAAUACGAAGCCAACAGGAGCUAGCCUAGCUUAGCAUUACGACUGUCUACGCCCAUCGGCCUCCGAAUUCGUUAUCAGUAUAUCUAGUCUGUGCAAUUUGUACAUAAAAGAAAGGUAAAAACAUGUUUUGGGUGAUGCUUAGAUAUUUCAAUUACUUCCAACUUUACAAUUAGUACAAGUUCACGUUCACAAUUAUAAUAUCGUGAAAAGGGCUUUGUUUUCGUAAUUUAAUCCAAAAAGGUAAACUUUCAUAUAUCAAUUACACAUAAAUGUGUUAUUUCAAGCCCGUUCUUGUGUUAAUUCUGAUUAUCAGAUGUCCAGUGUCUUAAAUAUUAACAAUUUGCUCAAACUCUAAAUGAAAUAUUCUCUAUCAUAUUUUGAGACACUGGAUUUCUGAUUUUUUUUAUGAGCUAUAAGCCACAAUAAAAAACUUGAAAUCUGUCACGACAUGUAAUUAAUAUAGAAUAUAUGGAUUGGGACCUUUUUGAAUUCAAUCAAGAAAAAAAAGUUUCAUUAUAUUCUAAAUAUUUGAGAUGCACUGGUGCUAAAUUUAAACCCAGAGCUUAUUUGUUUGCCUCACAGUGGCAACAAGAGCCAAAAUAUAUGAUACUGUGCAACCUUCGAAACACCUAGAAACUGUUUUUGCAUUUAUUUUCUGCACAAAUUGAGCAAAUUAUAUGCAGAUAGAGGCAGGCUUCCCUCCUGCUGAGUCUUAAUGCUAAAAGCUCCUGUUAUCCUCGGCAUACAAAUGCAGAGUGAGAGUCACAGAUGUGCAAAAUUUCCUCAAAUGGCGAAACAAUUCUCGUCUCUCUGUAUGAUUGUAAAUGUGCAGGCCAGAAAGCAGAGCACGCUGCGGACUCGGCCUCUCGCUGUAAUCAGUAGAUGCUGUUUUUCCUUUUGGGCACAAGACGAGGUGAGAGGUGGGGAACGACAGGGGAGAGCUGGACUCAUCCACGUAAAAACACUCGCUGUGGACGCGUUCUGGGAGAUUUAGAAACCGUCCCAGAACGUGCCUCAGGUUCAUCAGGUGACUCAGAAGGUGCCUUAACCUGUGUCCUCUUCCUCUGCUUUUACAUUUGAAGUGUACCUCAUCCGCUCUCAUUCAUUCCAGCAUCAGGGAAAAUGUUCGUGACUGUCAGAGUGCACUCAGUAGGUGGAGAGGCAGAGCAUUGGGACACAGCAUUCAGACGCUCCCAGCUUUGAAUAAGGGCCACAGCAGAGGGAGCAAACGAAGGGCGAUGUGUUACCCUUCCUUAUUUUUUUUUACCUCAUUGAUCUGAGUGGCCCUUAGAAAGAACUGGUUGGUCUCACAGAACACUAAAACCCUGGAGAGCAAAACUGAGCUCUGUACAGUAGGGAUUGACUGAUGUGUUUUUAAAAAAAUUUAUUGGGCCAAUACUUUCAGAGCCGAUUAUUGGUGUUCAAGCUUUCCUGAUAUUUGGCAACAAUAUUCAAGUGAUUAAAUCAGGACGCUUUCUGUUUAUGUGGGAUCGACUGAGAUCAGUGAGUUUUUCUCCUACAGUUAUUCUCCAUUUUCUGAAUAUUUCACUGUUUUAUCAAUUUUAUUGUCCACUAAAAUCCAGAUCUUAAAUUAUUGUUUUCCAGAUUCUGUUUCAGGUUAAUCUGUGGCUGCCUUCUAAUUUAGCCACUAGCUGUUAGCAUAGCCUUAGCCACUGUGAGAGAAGCUAAUUUACUGAUUUGUAUCUCCACUAAAGAGACAUGUCUGUCAGUUAGAGCAGAUUGUUAAAGAUAAUCUUACUUUAGGAAGAUGUGAGGAUGCUCCAGACAGGCUAAGAGGAAGAGGAAACCUGUUAGCGAUAGCCUUAGACUGGGCUUAGCAGUAAUCGAAAUAUGUCAAAUAUCGGCCUUGAGCUCUAUUUUAAAACACAAAUAUCAAGCUUGCGGCUGCUGUUCUUCACCAUUUUCUUUCACUGUUUAGCAGUUUUAUUGUCCACUAAGGUCCACAUCUUAAAUUAGUUAUUGUGUUCCAGAUUCUGUUUCAGGUUAAUCUGUGGCUGCAUUCUACUUUAGCUGCUAGCUAUUAGCAAAUUCUUAGCCACUGUCAGAGAAGCAGAGCAGAUUGUGAAGGUUAAUCUUACUUCAGGAAGAUGUUAUGAUGCUCCAGACAGGCUAAGAGGAGCAGGAAACCUGUUAGUGAUAGAAUUAGUCCGACCUUAGAGAGAAAUAAUCAAAAAGAAAGUCAAAAGUCGGCCUUGAUCUCUACUUAAAACCACACGUCAACCUAGUGGCUGCUGUUCUUCACUAUUUUCCUACGCUGUUUAUUACUUUUAUUUCCCACUAAAGUCCAUAUCUAACGGUUAGCGUAGGCACUGUGGGAGAAGCCAAUUUCCUGGUUUGUGUUUCUUGUUCAGACGUUUUUGAGAUGACAGAGUGAAACCGACAGGGAAAUGACGCUGCAUCAAACCUGAAGUAGAGCGUUUAUUUCAUCAAUAAUCGGCCAGUAAAAAUACGGAUGAUCAGGAAAAGCACCAAAUAUCGGCCACGAUAAUCGGUCUGUCCCUACUUCACAGUACUGUGGUGGAUGGAUGUGAACGCGCCAACCAUUCCACGCCUCCAGGGGGAUAAUAUGCAGUUUUAACCUCCGUGUUUCAGCCUGCUGCUCUCGGUUCCCCGUCCUCCAAACUGUGAUCAGGUUUUGCUGUCCUCUCGCUGCUACUGUGCAGGGUUUUCCCAGCCCUCGUGACAUUUCAACAAGCCUGGGCCAAACGGCAACAGAAAUCCAAGAUCUAUCAGCAUGUCUCAGUAGCAGAAAGUGUUGUUUUGUUUUUGAAAGGGUCUCUCUGUGCUGUUUGACUCAUGUCUGUAUGUAUUUAGAUAUGUAACAAAAAGUUGUUGAUAGGCAAUCCUCUGUCACUUUUACAGAUGUAAAAAAAAACUAAUUUGGGUUUCCAUAUUGAAAAAAUCUAACUUAUUGUUACAAUCUUUUGUUUUUUAUAUAUAUAUACAGAUGUAGAUAUAAUUUUCUAUCAUUUUUUUCUUUAAUAUAGAUUAUUUUAUUUUUUGAGCGCUGUAAUUUAAUGUUGAAUUUUAUUUUUUGCAUCAUACAUGUCAUAUACGUCUUUUUGUAUUCAGCAAGGUACAGGCUAUUUUCACGUUAGCAUGGAAGAUUAAACUUGGGGGUCACUUUAAUGUGGGGAAGAUAGCAGAGAUGGAUUCUCAUCACAUCUGAGUAUUCACGCAUUUAACCUCGUAAACACAAACAUAAUCCUUAGAAUAAGACCUGAUUGUUGUAGCUGACAUUGCAUCGCUGUUAACCGCCGCAUGAUUUUAGCACGCUUGAGUAACAUGUUUGGUUGUGCGAGUAUUCAUCCGUCAUAGGAAUUUGGUGAACAAAAUGUGAACGUCUUAAUUUAUCUGAAUGCUUUUACAUCCGUAUCCCUGAGUUACAUCACUGGAUCCAAACUCUGAGACUUUUCGUGAUCAACUAAAUGUGCUGUUUUUUGUUUGUUUUAUAGCCAAAUGAUGAUUCUGCUGGUGCGAUGUCUUUUACCUGUUUAGUUUAUUUUCAUUAUUAAAGACGAUUCAAUGGGUAAAUCA